GUUGGAGACUGGCGGGCAGUGUGGCCUGCUGAGACGCGCGGAGUGGAGGGUACAGCUAGGGAGGAGCGAGCAUGUCUCGGGACCCGACAGCCGGGCGACUGGCACCGCCAUCGCCUCGGUCGCUGCUGCUGGUGCUGCUGCUGCUGGUGCUGUCUCGUGUCGGGGCUCUGCGUCCCGACGAGCUCUUUCCUUACGGGGAGUCCUGGGGAGACCAGCUAUUGCCGGAGGGCGACGACGAAAGCUCACCAGCCGUGAAGCUGGCAAUACCCUUACGCUUCUACGAUGUCCAGUUCAACAACCUUUACGUGGGCACCAACGGCAUCAUCUCCACCCAGGACUUCCCCAGGGAGACGCAAUACGUAGAUGAUGAUUUUCCUACCGACUUCCCAGCCAUCGCCCCCUUCCUGGUUGACAUAGACACCAGCCAGGGCAGGGGCCGGAUCCUGUAUCGCGAGGACACCUCCCCGGCCGUCCUGAGUCUGGCUGCCCGCUACGUGCGCACAGGCUUCCCGCUGUCCGGGUCCAGCUUCACCCCCACCCACGCCUUCCUGGCCACCUGGGAGCACGUGGGCGCCUAUGAGGAGGUCAGGCGCGGGGCUGCGCCUUCGGGGGAGCGGAACACUUUCCAGACUGUUCUGGCAUCUGAUGACUCUGAUACCUACGCCCUCUUUCUCUAUCCUGCCAACGGACUUCAGUUCUUCGGAACCCGCCCCAAAGAGUCCUACAAUGUGCAGCUGCAGCUUCCCGCUAGGGUGGGCUUCUGCCGAGGGGAGGCAGAUGACCUGAAGAGAGAGGUGCUGUAUUUCAGCCUGACUAACACUGAGCAGUCUGUGAAAAACCUCUACCAACGAAGCAAUCUGGGGAUUCCUGGAGCAUGGGCUUUUCACAUCGGCGGCGGCCGGCUUCCCCUGGGCAAUGUCAAACCAGCCACAGCUGGAGUCAUCUUGUCCGCUGCCCACUCUUCAGCACCCCUGGCGCACUCCUUCAGCCAUGACACAGCCCUGGAGAGCUAUACUGAGGACACUUUUGAUUACUAUGAUGAGAGUGACGAGGAUAUUGAAUACCCACCGAUUGACCCAGGGGAGGCCGUGGAAGGCCACAGCAGAAUUGAUGUGUCAUUUGACUCAAAGGCUGAUCCAGGCCCUGUGGAAGGUGGGACAUCCUCUCCAGAGCCUGAUGGGGCUUCCCCUAUGCCACACCCAGCACCUGGUGACUGGCCAUCCUACCAGGAAUCUCAGACUAAACAGGGGGCACCUCUGGGAAAGGGAGAGAUGCUGGAUUUCAAGGACCCAGUGGAGCCUUUGCGACAGAUGGGCACCAGAGCCCCAGCUGCUCCAGACAAGGAAGGCCUUGGGAAUGGAAGCACCCAGCCCUACCCAGGUGCAGGGCCAGUGACGUCACAGCCAGAUGUUCCCAUCCCUCCUCUGGAAGGAGGGGUCCUUCCUAAUUACUCAGUGUCUGGUCACGUGCCACCCCUGAGCGGAGGGAGAUAUGUCGUAGGAGUGGAGGACCACGUAGGUGAUAAUGAUCAUGUCUUCACGUACAAUGGUGCCAACAGGGAAUCCUGUGAACGCAGCCAUGGCCAGUGCUCGCGACAUGCCUUCUGCACCGACUACACCACUGGCUUUUGCUGCCACUGCCAAUCCAGGUUUUACGGAAACGGGAAACACUGUCUGCCGGAAGGGGCACCUCACCGAGUCAAUGGGAAAGUGAGCGGCCACCUCCGAGUGGGCCACACUCCUGUGCACUUCACUGACGUGGAUCUGCACGCCUACGUGGUGGGCAAUGAUGGCCGAGCCUACACUGCCAUCAGCCACAUCCCACAGCCAGCAGCCCGGGCCCUCCUCCCUGUCGUGCCCAUCGGGGGCCUGUUCGGCUGGCUCUUUGCCCUGGAGAAGCCAGGCUCUGAGAAUGGCUUCAGCAUCACAGGUGCUACCUUUGUCCAUGACAUGGAAAUUACUUUUUACCCUGGCGAGGAGAGGGUUCGGAUCACUCAAACUGCUGAGGGGCUUGACCCAGAGAACUAUCUGAGCAUUAAGACCAACAUUGAAGGCCAGCUGCCCUUCAUCCCAGCGGAUUUCACAGCCCACAUUGCUCCCUACAAAGAGCUUUACCAUCACAGGGACUCAGUUGUGACCUCCUCCAGUUCUAGAAGUUUCUCUCUCACUUCUGGUUCUGUCAACCAGUCGUGGUCCUACCACAUCGACCAGAACAUCACUUACGAGGCAUGCAGGCACGCCCCCAGACACCUGGCCAUCCCUGCCACCCAGCAGCUGACUGUGGACCGGGCCUUUGCUUUGUACAGUGAGGAUGAGGGCGUGCUGAGGUUUGCUGUAACCAAUCAGAUUGGCCCUGUUGAAGUGGACUCAGUCCCUCCUGCUCCAGUGAAUCCUUGCUACGAUGGGAGCCACACGUGUGACACAACAGCAAAGUGCCACCCGGGAACAGGUGCAGACUACACCUGUGAGUGCACGCCGGGCUUCCAGGGAGACGGACGGAGCUGUGUGGACAUCAAUGAAUGUGCCACCGGCUUCCAUCGAUGUGGCCCUAAUUCUGUGUGUGUCAACCUGGUGGGAAGCUAUAGGUGUGCGUGCCGCAGUGGCUACGCGUUUGCAGAUGACCAGCACACUUGUAUCUUGGUCGCCCCACCUCCCAACCCUUGCCAAGAUGGUAGUCACACCUGUGCUCCAGAGGGGCAGGCUCGGUGCGUUCACCAUGGAGGCAGCUCAUUUAGCUGUGCCUGCCUACCAGGCUUUGUUGGCAACGGGCAUCAGUGUUCUGAUGUUGAUGAAUGUGUGGAAAACAGAUGUCAUGAGGCAGCUCUCUGCUACAACACCGCUGGGUCCUUCUCCUGCCGUUGCCAGCCUGGGUAUCACGGGGAUGGGUUUCACUGCACAUCUGCCACGGUUCCAGAAGAUUCCAUCUCAGGACUGAAGCCCUGUGAACAGCAGCAGCGUUACGCCCAAGCACAGCAUGCCUACCCUGGGUCACGGAUCCACAUCCCCCAGUGUGAUGACCAGGGCAACUUCGUGCCACUGCAGUGCCAUGGCAGCACUGGCUUCUGCUGGUGUGUGGACCCGAAUGGCUAUGAAGUCCCUGGCACCCAGACUCCACCUGGUUCCACCCCACCUCACUGUGGACCACCAUCAGAGCCCACCCAGAGGCCUCGGACUGUCUGUGAGCGGUGGAGGGAGAAGCUGCUGGAACACUACGGAGGCACGCCCAGGGAUGACCAGUAUGUGCCCCAGUGUGACGAGCUGGGCCACUUCGUACCCCUGCAGUGCCAUGGGAAGAGUGAUUUCUGUUGGUGCGUGGACAAGGACGGCAGAGAGCUACAGGGCACGCGCUCGCAGCCAGGCACCACACCUGCAUGUAUACCGACUGUUGCUCCACCCAUGGUGCGGCCCACACCCCGGCCUGAUGUGACUCCUCCGUCUGUGGGCACCUUCCUGCUCUAUGCCCAGGGCCAGCAGAUUGGCCACUUGCCCCUCAAUGGCAGCAGGCUUCAGAAGGAUGCAGCCAAGACUCUGUUGUCACUGCAUGGCUCCAUAGUUGUGGGGAUUGACUAUGACUGCCGGGAGAGGAUGGUCUACUGGACAGAUGUUGCCGGUCGGACCAUCAGUCGUGCCAGCCUGGAAGCAGGAGCAGAACCGGAGGCCAUCAUCACCUCAGGUCUGAUAAGCCCGGAAGGACUUGCCAUUGACCACUUCCGCAGAACAAUGUACUGGACAGAUAGUGGCCUGGAUAAGAUCGAGCGGGCCGGGCUGGAUGGUUCGGAGCGUAAGGUCCUCUUCCACACAGACCUGGUGAAUCCGCGAGCCAUCACUGUGGAUCCAAUCCGAGGCAACCUGUACUGGACAGACUGGAAUAGAGAAGCUCCUAAAAUUGAAACGUCAUCUUUAGAUGGAGAAAGCAGAAGAAUUCUGAUCAACAAAGACAUUGGAUUGCCCAAUGGAUUAACCUUCGACCCUUUCUCCAAACUGCUCUGCUGGGCAGAUGCAGGAACCAAAAAACUGGAGUGUACACUACCUGAUGGAACUGGACGACGCGUCAUCCAAAGUCACCUCAACUACCCCUUCAGCAUUGUCAGCUAUUCAGACCACUUCUACCACACAGACUGGCGGAGGGAUGGUGUCAUAUCAGUGGAUAAAGACAGCGGACAGUUUAUAGACGAGUAUCUCCCUGAGCAGCGGUCUCAUCUCUAUGGGAUCACUGUGGUCUACCCCUACUGUCCAGCAGGAAGAAAAUGAACGUGAAAUGUAGAGGAUUUCAAGUUUACAACAAGAAUCUUGACCUAAGAAUAUUACUACAAAAGCAAAGACGGUGAAUAAAGGAAUUGGCCAUCCUAGCUCUUGGCACACAAGAUAAGCAUUUUCAGUGCAGAGACUAAGCAUAUUUUGUGAAGUGUAUACCUCAAUCUUUACUACUGUAUUUUUAAAAGCAAAGGUUAUCACAAGUUUAAAAUAGAAUUGUAGUCAUUGCUUAUAAAAGCAACUUUUUGUAAAAGGCCAAAUUCAUUCGACAAAGAACCAACUACAGCUUAAGACAUUAAGUCUGAUUUUUGCCGUGGAGUCUACUUGGCCAAGAAAAGCAAAGCACAGGACGGCUAUGGAAAUCCAUCCUAAAGCCCACUGAGACCCCUGUCACAAACAACAGAAUACGGGGACAAUGCAGCCUAUUUAUAUUUCCCAGCAAAAGUCCUCAGACUUUAUUUAUACUAAAGGUGCUAGAAUGAUCCCCAAGUGCCUCCACAGAAGCAUCCCUCAAGUAUUCCAUGUAAAACACCAAAGAUGCAGCAGUUUUUAAAAUUUCUACGUAACUCCAAUAAAGUAUUUUAAAGCCUUCUUGUCAUCUAAAGAUCUGUAUUGUCUCGGGGACAAAGUUAAGGUUCGGGUGACUCUAACCAUAAAGGAGGAUGCACAAUAAAAUGGAAAUAGAAUACAUCAAAACAAAACCCACUUUACUUUCCCCAGCUUUAUUAAAGAAAAAGAGCAGUGGUGGUAAAUCUCCAGAACGUGGUCAAUCUCCUGGGAUGCUCCCUUAAAACAUGGCAUUUGAUCUCCAAGCACAUGCUGGUGUACACGGUUCCCAUGACUAAGCAGGUGAGAAGACGGCAUCCAGACGUGCUGCUCAUCUUCCAACUUUACCCAGUCUGUGGUCUGUCUUUGGAUCGGCAAUAAUUGCCUGAACAGCUACUAUAGCUUCAUUGAUUUUCGUCUGUAGCUCUCUGAGCUCUUCUAUGUGCAGCAACCUCAGGAUCUGAGCAGCUUCGUUAAGAACUGCAUCUGUCACAGGACAAGAACAUGGCCUCUGUCUGUCUAUGGGUUCUGUGCGUCUAGCUGCCCGCUUACACCUCAGAACACACGUCCCUCAAAUAGCUUGCUGUCA